CUUUUGAAGUCGACGGCUUGUUUAGACCAUUUCCGUUAUUUCUUUCUUCAACAUUCUUCUUAUUCGGACCUAUGACCGCGUUUCUAUUAGGGUUUUUUUCUCUUUGAUUUUUGUUGUUGUUUGAAUUCGUGGGAUGAGAUAUGGAGGCUCCGGUGUCUUCGUCCGGUGGAUUCAAGCUCUAUGACCAGCUGGAAUUGCAGGAAUUUGAGGACAAGUUUGUGAUCAGAGCCGUUGAAUCUCCUGACCAAGGCUUCUCCAUUGGGCUUCGUGAUGGGGACGUCGAGCCGUUUGAUGGUGACCCUUGUUUUGGAAGUCCUUCCAAAGUUUCAACAAUUUAUGGGGUGGUUGGAACAAUUAGAUUGCUUGCAGGAACAUAUUUUCUUGUAAUAACUUCUCGGAAGGAAGUUGGAAGUUACCUUGGUUUCCCUGUUUUUCGAGUGAUGUCUAUGAAGUUCCUGUCCUGCAAUGAUGCUUUGAGAUUUUCAACUUCUGAAGAAAAAAGGGAUGAGGCUUACUUUAUGACUCUGCUGAAAACAGUGGAGUCAACUGUGGGGCUGUACUAUUCAUAUGAAACUGAUAUAACAUUGAAUUUGCAAAGAAGAUGCAAAUUAGCAGAAGGGUGGACAAGUAAACCAACCUGGAAGCAGGCUGACCCUCGAUUUGUUUGGAACAGAAAUAUUAUGGAGGAGCUUAUUGAGUGUAAGCUUGAUCGGUUCAUCAUUCCUCUAUUACAAGGAAGCUUUCAAACUGCACAGUUGAAGCUAAAGAAGUCACCUGCCACUAUUACAUUAAUUUCAAGGAGGUGUACGCGGCGUCUAGGGACAAGAAUGUGGAGAAGAGGAGCUAACCUUGAAGGAGACACUGCUAAUUUCAUUGAAACUGAGCAAUUGCUGGAGUUUGAAGGUUUUAAGACUUCGUUUUUGCAGGUUCGAGGUUCAAUUCCACUCCUCUGGGAGCAAAUUGUUGAUUUGAGCUACAAGCCACGACUUAGAAUCAUCAAUCAUGAGCAAACUUCAGAAGUUGUUGAGCGUCAUUUUCAUGAUCUUUCACAAAGAUAUGGAGAGGUUAUAGCUGUGGACCUAACUGAUAAACAUGGUGACGAAGGUGAACUAAGUAAAGCAUAUGCCGAUGAAAUGCAAAAGCUGCCAAAUAUGAGAUAUAUUUCAUUUGAUUUUCAUCAGAAUUGUGGUGGCUCGAACUUUGAUAACCUACAAAUUCUCUAUGAUCAAGUCUCAGACGAAUUUGAUAACCAAGGAUACUUCUUAGUAGACGCAGAAGGAGAGAUGUUGGAGGAGCAGAAAGGAAUUAUUAGAUCUAACUGCAUUGAUUGUCUUGAUCGAACGAACGUAACCCAGAAUUACUUUGCUCAGAAAUCUUUAAACGCACAACUGCAAAGGAUUGGAGUACUUUCUUCUACUGAGUGCAUUGCUAUGUUUGGUGAAGACUAUGAAAUAUUUAAAACUUUGUGGGUUGAGCAAGGUGAUGAGAUAAGCCUCGAAUAUUCUGGGACGCAUGCCCUAAAACGGGAUCUGGUCAAAUAUGGCAAACAGACUAUGUCAGGACUCAUUAAAGAUGGGAUGAGUGCUAUAUCAAGAUAUUAUUUAAACAAUUUCCAAGAUGGGAUUCGACAGGAUGCAAUUGAUCUGAUAAGUGGCCGCUAUACUGUCAACAGAAACAGUCCUUCCCCAUUCCAGCUAAAUGGAUUCGAAUCAUUCUCUUAUCUUCCAAUAGCAUCGGCUUUGCUUAUAGGAGGUUUGACACUUACAUCUUUCACUCUGAACCAAGCGGGGCGAAAUAUGCAGCGUUGUGUUUCUACUGUAUUCUGGGCUGGUUUGACUGCUGGAGUGACGGCUGUGGUUAAAAUUAAUGGAAGACAGUUCUGUUCUAGGCCCCGCUUGUGUCGCCUUCUAUAGAUCACAGCACCCUGUUCAUACACGACCAUUUUGAGAUUUUUUGACUGACUGUACAAAAAUUUUAGUAAAAUGAAUUCGUUCCAACAACUUGUAUAUGAGAAAUGACGUAUAAUAUCUUUUGUUUUGCAAGCGUGUUUCGUAUUUAUUGUACGAUCAGAGGGUAAUAGAAGUUAAAAGACAACCUUCGUCA